AUGCGUUUACGGGAGUACAGGUUCGAAGACGCAUGGGCCAUUGCUGAAAUCGAAGCUCUCUGCAACCUCACAGACCCUCUUGCGCUGUACUAUCGCCGAAUCCAGGGACACAAUGGCAAUGACAGUGAUGGUAAAGGAGUCAAGAACGAGAGAAAGUGGGCGGCCUACGUCUCCUCGUGCCGGAGGUUCCAGGAGAUGAAACGGCUUCAGCCUGGAACGGUCUGUCACGUGUUGGAGGAGGAAGUAUCCUCUCUUACAGAGCAGGAAGAUGGGAAUGGAAGGAAAGAAGAUGAUGACGAGGAUAAUGACUCUGUUAUUGUCGGAUUUACGAUCUGGACGAGAGUAGGCCAGGACGAGUCUGCGCGGCGAUGGCAGGAACGGGGCAGACGAUGGGCGACGAGGCUUCGAGCAGCUGCCCACUACCUAGGCAUCGCUCUCUACUAUCCCUUCGAUUCCACCAUCAACCUAAGACACAUGUCCCAGGUUCAUCCCAUCCUCUUUCAGCAUCCUCCACCUGUGGACCCCACGCUGCUGUUCCCCGAACGCUGGGAGAUCAAUGCAAUGUACAUCCAUCCCCGGUUCCAGCGACGCAGGUUUGGCACGCAGGCUCUGCAGUGGGGGUUGGACCAAGCGAUGCGGGAAAGUGUCCCCGUGCUGGUCAAGUCCACUUCCCAGGGGUAUCGCCUGUACCAUCGCGCAGGCUUUCGAUCCCUUGGGAGGCUGGAUUUCCGGGGCUUGUUUGACCCUGGGCUGAUCAUCUCAGGAGCUGUCCUACUGUACAGUUGCCAUCCGCCACAGCCUACAGGCGCAGUGCAUUAUAGAGACGACGCGAGUGUUCUGUGGAGCCAAGCAGAGCAGAGAUUCGAUGCCGUGGGGUGCCGAGUCCAGCAGGGCGUUUUACACAUCUCAGUCACUGUGAAAAGCUUUGGUUAUUACAUAAUCGCAGGACUUCCGUGGGCUUCCGGCACGGGCCAGGCCUGGGUGGUUCGUCCCCCGCGGCGGACUAAUCAGAAGCGCGGGAUCUCCAUGUUCUCCGGAUCCGGAGUUCGCGGCCAUGGAGCGCCCGCCUCAUUAUGCAAUUCCAUCCGCCUGCGCUGGCCUCGAGAAAAUUCGAUUUGUCAUGUGGCCACUCAGUUCGUCGGCUUCUCUUCUUCCUUGGGUAAGGAUGUACGACGGCGAACGAAUCGUAUUCUCCUUGUGCACCGCAUCGCUGACCGCUCCUCCACGCUUGCCAGUCCAGUCCCUCCAACAACCCUGAGCAUUCGAAGGGCGUACUGUCUUUCUCAGCCAUGA